AUGAGAAGGGUGCAACCUGCCGCUUUGAACGUCACGCUGGCCAUCGUCAGGCGCAUCGCGGCGCCUCUUGCGAGGUUUGGCAACUACUUGACAUCUCUCAUGAGCCCUCGGCCAUCCUCGCCAUCAGAGGCCACCGCGCCCGAGCCGAUCGAUGGUGCCGGCGUAUCACCUGCGAAAGCAGGGGCCAAGGUGCCGAACCGACCCAUAGCCCGGGAAAUCUCUGCCCACAAGAAACGGCUUCAGGCUCUGUCCGAGACAACCCACACGAUCAUCCCACCCUGCGGCGAUCCAUGGCCCCGCCCCUACUACUUCGAAGACGGGCUUCGCAAGGUGAAGCCGUAUCACUUCACGUACCGCACCUACUGCAAGGAGCGAUGGCGGGGUCGCACUCUGUUGGAGGUGUUCGAAUGCGAGUUUCGAGCCCAUACCCGGACCUAUUACAAGCAGGCCAUAGAAGCCGGUCGCAUCGUCGUCAACGGAAGGGCCGUCGGGUCUGAUUACGUCCUCCAGAACGGCGAUCUGGUCAACCACACCGUACACCGCCACGAACCUCCCGUAACCGACGAGCCCAUCAGCGUCAUCCACGAGGAUGAUGGGAUGCUCGUCGUCAACAAGCCGGCAGGUGUGCCGGUCCACCCCGCCGGCCGAUACCAGUUCAACUCCAUGACCGAGAUCCUGCGAUCAGAGCGCGGCUAUCACUUCAACCCACGGCCCUGUCACCGUCUGGAUCGCCUUACCAGCGGCAUUCUCUUCUUCGGCAAGACCGCCAAAGCCGCCGACAACUUAACGGAGCAGAUUCGCCAACGUACCGUACGGAAAGAAUACCUCGCGCGAGUCAGCGGCCGCUUCCCGGACGGGGAGGUCGUCUGCGACCAGCCCAUCCUUCAGAUCUCCCCACGGUUGGGCCUGAAUCGCGUCCGCGCAAACGGGAAAUCGGCUCGCACCGUCUUCAAGCGCCUCGCUUACUACCCACCGUUGGAGGAUGCGGAUGCAGAGGGUCGGGCAGGAGAAGGUCCCGGGCGCGAAACCGCCGAAGGAGCAGUGAAUGAGAAGCAUCGGCCCUGGAUCAACAACAAGGGCCACUCCAUCGUCCGCUGCCUACCGUUGACUGGCCGGACACACCAGAUCCGGGUGCACCUCCAGUUCCUGGGCCACCCCAUCCAGAACGAUCCGCUCUACGCAAAUCGGAGGGUGUGGGGCUUCAAUCUAGGCUGCAAUGAUGCCGAUGGGAGCGAGGCCAAGGACGAAGACAUCAUGUCUCGCCUAGAACGCAUGGGCAAGGAUGAAGUAGCCGAUGCCGUCGCGUACCACGAUGAAAUGGUACAGCAAUACCACGAACGGGUAGCCGAGAAACUCUCAGGCGAAGUGUGCGACGUGUGUCAUGCAGAGCUGUAUACAGACCCCGGGGAUAGAGAGCUCUCCAUCUGGCUGCACAGCCUCCGCUAUGAGGAUGCCGGGGGAAAAUGGAGCUACGUGAGCCCACUCCCCAGCUGGGCGCUUCCGCCUAGUGGUAUGAGCGGACCGACCGAGGCCGGCGGAAUGGAGGACUUGGUGGAAGCCGUAAAGGACGAGAAUCCCGAGAUAGCAGGUUGAAUGAACCCCGACUGCGAGCGAGCAAAGCGCGUUAACUUUUUUUCCUUUCCUUUCCCAUUUUUCCUGCUCAUCUUCUUUCAUCUGUUUCUGCUGUAUAAAUCCAUGACCCUGGCCUAGAUCGGGGAAGGGACGCUCAUCAACCUCCUGAUGGAGACGGCCGUCCUCCUCAAGAGCCGGCGUAUUUGCCGUCGGCGGGAAGCGGGUCCCCCAGGUGCUUUAUUAUCGCACCGGCACGCCUGCGGAAUCCAGCAGGCUCGGCUCCGCCGGAAAACGAGAGAGACUAGAGCCAAUAAAGUAAGCAAGCAUCUUCU